UCCGUAAACACACAGGAUGAAAAUAUCACCAUGAAUCAAUUUCAGCAUCUCAUCAAUGACUGCCUGAUUGAUACAAGACACGUAGAACAGGCAGCAGUAGUGGUGACAAAAACCGCCACUAUCACUGCAGCAACCACACGAUUUAACAUAUCUCAACAACAAGCUCAAAUGUUUGUGGACGCGUUCAAAUAUCUGAUGUCUACGAGAGGGCAUGGAUUCUUCUUUCAAGAGAGGUUAUACACUUGUGUCCGGGCUGACAAGAACUCCAUUUACUCUAAAUGUGGAGGGCAUGGCUUGCUACUGGUAAAGACAGCUUUGUACAUCAUUGUGGCCACGUACAAUGAAAACAUGUACCCCAGUGUGUGUGUGGAGGCUGUGGAGAAACUGGCAGAGUAUUUGCGAGAGAAGGGGAAGUGAAGAUGAUGAAGAUGAUGAUGUACUAUGCUCUCCAUGAUGAGCCUCCAUCCUACUCAAGGGAUGGAUAAACAACAGUAUACCACCAGUUGGUAAUGUUCUCUUUUUGUAAUAUUGUUGUACGAGGGUUCAUUGUGUUAUUAAGACAUGUUGAGCUGUGGUUAUUUGAUUAAUUUCAGCAAAGAAAGCAACUCACAAACUUUCAUAUUAAAUGUCAUUCAGUUAUCA